UUGUGAAGCGUCACUAAUACAAUCAAAUAAAAUGCAACAGCGGCACGUGUUUGUUUUUGCAGCGUCCACGUGGCGUCGCUGUUUCACCGUAACUUGCCGACGAACCGCUACAAAGCGGGCAGUACAAGAAAACCGCCGUUAAUACGUGACCAGAGGAGUCUCCCGUUUGACUCGUGACCGACUGUCUGGAGGAAUGGCGGACGCUUCUGUCUGACCGUCAGUCCGUCCGCGCGCUGGCGCGUGCGUGUGUUGUGUUGUUUUUUGUUUUUUUGUUGUUUUUUUUUUGUGGGGCGGGUCAUGACACUCCAGAGGUGGGUGUUCCUCCGUAAGCUCACAGCUGCUGCUGCUGCUUCUUCUUCUUCUUCGUCUUCUCCUCCAUCCUCCCUGAGGUGUCGCACACACGUGCUGAGGUUCAGUCAGUCCGCAGCCGCCGACAUGGCAGAGGAGGCGAAGAAACUAGCAGCGUACACCGCCGUGGACAACAACGUCCAGAACAAUCAGGUGGUGGGAGUGGGCAGUGGGUCGACCAUCGUGUAUGCUGUGGACCGGUUAGCCGAGAGAGUUCGACAGGAAAAGCUCAACAUUGUGUGCGUGCCCACCUCCUUCCAGGCUCGACAGCUAAUCCUGCAGCACGGCCUGGCGCUGUCGGACCUGGAAAGACACCCAGAGCUGGACGUGGCGAUCGACGGUGCGGACGAAGUGGACGCUGAGCUCACGCUGAUAAAAGGCGGCGGCGGCUGUCUCACUCAGGAGAAGAUCGUCGCCGGCAACUCCAAAUGUUUCGUCGUCAUUGCUGACUACAGAAAGGAUUCCAGAGCUCUGGGGGAGCAGUGGAAGAAGGGCGUUCCCAUCGAGGUCAUCCCCAUGGCGUAUGUUCCCGUCUCCAGGGUGAUAGCUAAGCGUUUUGGAGGGGAGGUCAAUUUAAGGAUGGCGGUCAGUAAAGCAACAGAGCAAAGUCAGGGAGGAGACAUUAGAUCAGAGGCCAGCAGCAGAGACGAUGAUGAUGAUGAAGGGUCUUCUGAGGGUCCCAUCGUCACCGACAACAGCAACUUCAUCCUGGACUGGAAGUUUGAGCACGUCCACAACUGGAGCGAGGUCAACACUGCCAUCAAGAUGAUUCCUGGUGUGGUGGAGACGGGGCUCUUUGUCCACAUGGCCGAACGGGCGUACUUUGGGAUGGAAGACGGAAGUGUGAAGGUGCGGAAGGCUCCCAUCAACUAAUGAGUUGGCUGCAGGCUCCGCCCACAAAGUGCCAGCUCACAACCCAACCCCAGCUACAGCAGGGAAGCUCUCUUACCUCGCUAAAGAAGUUCCAAACGAAGAACUGAUUUACUUUCACAUUCAGAAGGUUCUGCUUCUGAUUUUAUGUUUUUUUGUUGUUGUUUUUGUUUUAAGUGCCUGAUGAGAAAAAGCCAGCUGGCAGAUUUUACUGUUGGAGGAGUUUGACUGAACAGACGCAGAACUGGGUUUUAAAGCUGAGCGGGUCACCGGAGUUUGGCUGAAUAAAACAAAGCUGUGCCUUUUUGAUUUUAAAACUACAUUUAAAAAUCUUAACUGCAUGUGUCGCGUUAGUGUAAUGAUAAAAAAUGCACAAAAAAGCACAGAUCAGAGCUCAAGAAUGAAGCAGUUGGGUUUGAACCUUUAGAUGCAGCAGCAUGCAAUCUGUCAAAACAAACUCUGACGUACCAUAAAAAGCAAAGGUGAGCCGUAAAAUGUUCCCUCUAACAAAGCAGAAACGACACAUUCUUCUGAGAAGCUCGAUGUUCAACAAGAACACUCUGUGGCAUUCGUCAUUUUGUGGCUCAUUUUCCAUUUCUGUGUCAAAAGGAAAAGAGCGAGAGAAGUUGAAAAGGUUUAGAAAAUGCUGGCGGUUUCCUCCUCGGUUGCAUCAACUCCUCUUGCAGACGAGUCAGCUGAGAAGAACGCAACUUCACGGUUUGCCGCAUAAACUCUAUUGUGUGAUUGUUUUGUGCCUGUGGCGAACUUGGGUUACAGUUUCUCUUCACACCAGGUCUUUGGGAGCAGGAAGUCUUGUGCCAUAAGCUUAUUUUAAAAAUGAAAACCAGUGAUGAUGGUGAUAAAUUAAAAAUUACCUUCCAACACAAAUAUAGUGGGCAAAUCUCAAAAACGGAGGUUUGUGUUGCUGUUUCCAUCUUUCAAAUAGAUCAGGUUGCCUCUUAAAGCCCUAUUUUAAUUCUCUUUUAUAGGCUUUUACUGUCAUAGUUUGCAUCUGUUUUAAACUGGUGAUGCAGUGCCUCAUACUGUAACAUGCAAGCAUCAAAUUUCUAACUGUGGGAGACUGAAAACUGAAAUGUUUUCAGUUUCCAAAAAGUUACUGUUGAAUUGAAACCGUGAAAGUUGUCUGUGACGCUGCAGUAAAGUUUCUGAAGUGAAAAGCUAUGCUUUAAAAACAUAAUGAACAAAAACUACACUGUGCAUGAAUACUUUUGCACCAGCAACACUUUCUUUUUUUAACCAGUUGACUGUGAUUUGUUUUUUCUUUUUCUUGUAACCCAUACAGGACCAAAUUAUAACCCAUGCUUGUUUUAUGUCUGAAUUGUUGGAACAUAAUUUGCUCCAAUAAAAGUUGAGUGUGAAAAAAAUUA